CUUUGACAAGCCACGUGUGAAAACUGUAGAAAAAGUUUGUAUCUCCGAAGGAAGUGUUGUUAUCCAGUUGGGCGACAGUUUUCUCCAAGUUGGUGAAAUUUUUGACUAAAAACUGGUCAAAAUAACGAUUUGUGCUAAAUAAGAUAACUUUCUUUGACAAAAACUAUUAUUAUGAGUGACGUCUGGUACGGUGAAGGGAAUGUAACAACACCACCUACAACGACAGUGGAAACUCCUAUUGGAUGCGGUUAUCAAAAUGCUUCGCCUGCAGCCACUGCGUGUUCCACUUACGACAACACUUACGACAUGACAAAAAAUCAGGACGUCAUACCAAGUCCUAUCAUCAAUAGCAAUGCUUUCCAAAACUGUUUUUAUUCACAACCCCAAGAGUAUUCUUCGGCAUAUCCAAAGCAGCAAGAGAUUGGAAUUAAGUCUGAAUGCUUCAAUGAUAAUGGCAACAUAGACCCAUACAACUAUCCCGAGUUCGGCAAGUAUGAGAACUGUCUGCGUUGGCCUCAAAACCAAAAUGUUAUAUCGCCUUACUCUGCUCGAUUAUGGUCAAGAAUGUCGCGACGAAAUAAUUCGCAAGUCCGAGAUAGUCCGAUUAAAGUUAUACUGGAAAACAAAGGCUUAAUGGAACGGUUUAAUAAACAUUGUACGGAAAUGAUCAUCACAAAAACAGGAAGGAGGAUGUUUCCCUCUCCGCAAAUCAGCUUACAAGGUUUAGAGCCGAACACAAAGUACUUUGUUCUAUUUGACAUUGUACCAGCUGACGAUAACAGAUAUAAAUUUCAUCAUUUCAACUGGGUUGUAGCUGGGAAAUCGGAACCUCUUCCUCCAUCCCGAUUUUAUAUUCAUCCGGAGUCACCGUUAACAGGUAACCAGUGGGCGAAACAACAAAUUGCUUUUCAUAAAGUGAAAUUAACCAAUAACACGUGUGACCAGCAUGGGCAUAUGAUCCUAAAUUCGAUGCACAGAUAUCAACCUCGUAUUCAUGUUGUAGCAGCAUGUGAUAUCUACGCAGUUCAGUUCCAACCUUUCCACACAUACACAUUCCCGGAAUGUCAGUUCAUUGCUGUGACGGCGUAUCAAAAUUCACAGAUCACACAACUGAAAAUUGAGCACAACCCUUUUGCGAAAGGUUUCCGAAAACCCGAGAAAGAAAAAAGAGAGAAAAGAAAAAUCAGCGUAAAAGACGAUUGCAUCCCAGCAAAGAAAUGCGACACCAACAACGGUGAGCCAUCCCACGAAGGUUCGGAAAAAGACAAAGAAGUUAAGGAAGAGACAGAGCAAAAACGUGAGAUAGGUUACUAUGAUUUAAACCAAAAUCGUUGGAACUAUCCUGCUAUGUCAAAUUUGUAUAACUACAGCCAACAGCGACAUGAAAUGCCCCAACCCUAUCCAUACCUAAGGCGUUCACCACUACCGACUAAUUAUUUCCCCGAACCAACGAGAAACACACGAUUUGACUCGAUGUCAUCAGAGUUUAGUAACCCUGAUAAAUUUCCUUACAGUACUGGUUUUGACCAGCCUAGGUACUCGAACAGCGAUACAGGAUUUUGUUCGUAUGACCAAUCGAGGCAAUUUCCAUACCCGGCUGAUUUCAUGAUGACUCAGUACAAAGCAAACACGCCUUCAUUUAUAUAAACCAGUUAUUUCGAACCUGACAAUAUAAAUUAUAUAUAGCAUAGGUGAACUUAGAGAUUAAACACAAGACCUGGAAAUUGCUGUCUACACUAUUAAUGAGAGAAAGAAAAAUUAAAUUAGCAAAUUCUUUGUUAUCAGAUAAAUUUAGUUAAUAAAUUUCGGC